AUGAUGACUUCUAUGUCGUCUGGGGGUCCUGGAGACCCUCAUACACAAAUGAAUACGUACCGCAGCUAUGUAACCAUGCUAGCCGAUCCCGGUGCCAAGGAUGAAAUUAAGCUCAAAGCGGCCCAGGAGCUCAGCGAAAACUUUGAGGUAAUAUUAAGUUCACCUCAGUAUCCUCAGUUCCUGGACCAUUCUUUGAAGAUAUUCUUGAAGAUACUGCAAGAUGGAGAGCCACACUUUAUAGCCGAGUAUAACAUACAGCAAGUGAGAAAACUGAUACUGGAAAUGAUACACCGUUUACCUAUCAGUGAAACUCUGAAGCCAUAUGUUAAGAGUAUUUUAAUACUCAUGUUAAAAUUAAUGGAAAUUGAGAAUGAGGAAAAUGUAUUAGUGUGUUUGAAGAUAUUUAUGGAGUUGCACAAACAGUAUAGACCACCAUACAGCACAGAUGUGGAUAUACAUAAAUUCCUACAAUGGGUGAAAGGUAUAUACUCAGAUUUGCCAAAUCAUUUGCCAAAAAUAUUUGAACCAAAACCUACAAUACGAGUAAAGGAUUUAUCUGAGGUCAAUAUUGAUCAGCUUUUACAGGAAACAUAUACCACAACCCCAAUACAUACUGAGAAAAAAUUACUUGAUGGAAGUGUUGUGACCUAUAACCUAAUACCCCGGUCAGUGUUAUCAUUAAAAGUAAUACAGGAGCUGCCGAUUAUAGUAGUUCUCAUGUAUCAACUGUACAAGCAAAAUGUCCACCAGGAAGUGAGCAACUUCAUACCUCUUAUUAUGGAAACCAUAACACUGCAACCUGCUGCAACACACAGGCAGUCUGCAUCGUUUAAUAAGGAAGUGUUUGUUGAUUUUAUGGGUGCACAAAUAAAAACUUUAGCAUUUCUGGCCUAUAUCAUCCGCAUAUAUCAAGAUACUAUUGCUAAUCAUGCCAAUUUAAUGGUGAAAGGCAUUAUUGGCUUGUUGACACUGUGUCCCCCAGAAGUGGCACAUCUUCGAAAGGAGUUGGUGAUUGCUACUCGACAUAUUCUCGCAACUGAUCUACGUACCAAAUUUGUGCCAUACAUGGAACGUCUUUUCGAUGAGGAUGUUCUAUUAGGUGGUGGAUGGACUGUACAUGAGUCACUGAGGCCACUUGCUUACUCCACAUUGGCUGACCUUGUGCACCACGUACGUCAGCACCUGCCACUGUCGGAUCUAGCUAUAGCAGCUCAUCUUUUUUCAAAGAAUGUGCAUGACGAAUCUCUUCCUACAAGUAUUCAAACGAUGUCGUGCAAGUUGUUGCUCAACUUGGUGGACUGUAUUCGCCAGCGGUCGGAGAGCGAGGGCGCGGCGGGCGCGCAGCCCCAGGGCCGCCAGCUACUCAUGCGCAUCCUCGAGGUCUUCGUACUGAAGUUCAAGACCAUAUCCAAGCUACAGCUGCCUGCACUCAUGGCUAAGUGUAAGCAAACGACGCCGAGUGCCAAUGGUGCUAAUGGCGCUACACCAAGCACACCCACCACGCCUGCACCGAGUACUCCAGCUGUAGAGAUAAAAGUGGAAGAUGAGAAGCCGACAGCGGACUUCCUCGACAGUUUAUCGAAACCAGAAGAGAAAUCUAAAAUUGGCUUUCCGACCUCUCAAAUGAGCAACCUCAAUGUCGGCGAUUAUAGAACUCUUGUGAAAACUUUAGUGUGUGGCGUCAAAACCAUCACGUGGGGGUGUGCUUCUUGUAAGACGACGAGCACGGAAGGCGCGGGUGCGGCGGGUGCGGCGGCGGCGGCGGCGGCGACGGCCCCCGCGCCGUCCGCGAAGCAGUUCGACGCGCGCGAGACGCUGGUGUUCAUCCGGCUGGUGCGGUGGGGGCUGCAGUCGCUCGACAUCUACACGCUGGCGGCGCCGCGCCCCGCGCAGCCCGCGCACCCGCCCGCGCAGCCCCACGUGCGCUCCAAGGAGGAGAAGGAGGUUCUCGAACACUUCAGCGGCGUGUUUUCCAUGAUGAACUCGCAGACCUUUCAAGAAAUAUUCACAGCCACCAUAUCUCAUAUGGUAGAAAGAAUAAACAAAAAUAUGACUUUACAAAUAAUAGCUAACACAUUUUUAUCAAAUCCAACGACAUCACCGAUAUUUGCCACAGUACUUGUCGAAUAUCUUCUAAAGCGAAUGGAAGAGAUGGGAACUAAUGUAGAACGCUCGAAUUUAUAUUUGCGACUAUUCAAACUAGUGUUUGGCUCGGUUAGUUUGUUCCCCAAUGAGAAUGAGCAGAUGUUACGACCGCAUCUCCACAGUAUCGUUAACAAAGCCAUGGACUAUGCCAUGACGGCUAAAGAACCAUACAAUUACUUUCUUCUUUUGCGUGCCCUGUUCCGGUCAAUAGGCGGCGGUAGUCACGACUUACUGUACCAAGAGUUCUUGCCGUUAUUGCCCAACCUAUUGGAAGGUUUGAAUCGCCUCCAAAGUGGACUUCAUAAGCAACACAUGAAGGAUUUAUUCGUGGAAUUAUGCUUGACCGUACCUGUUAGGCUGAGCAGUCUGUUGCCUUACUUACCUAUGCUAAUGGAUCCGUUAGUGUCCGCACUGAAUGGCUCCCACACAUUAAUAUCUCAAGGUUUGCGUACUCUAGAACUUUGCGUGGAUAACUUGCAACCGGAUUUUUUGUACGAACAUAUUCAGCCGGUUAGGGCCGAUCUCAUGCAAGCUCUUUGGAGAACUUUACAAAAUAACGAAGUUGCGAGGAUAGCAUUCAGAGUUCUUGGGAAAUUUGGGGGUGGUAAUCGUAAAAUGAUGAUAGAACCACAAAGGUUGGAGUACCGCGAGACAGAUGCUGCUCCACCAGCUAUACAAGCUUACUUCUUAGACCAAUCGAAACCCAUAGAUUUUGAAGUGGAUAAAGUAAUAGAUACAGCUUUUGCAGCGUUAAAGUCUAGCACGACGGAUCCGUUCUACCGGCGACAGUGUUGGGAAGUGCUGAGGUGCUACCUAUGUGCGUCGCUCAAUUUAGAUGAUGACAAACAAACUCUACAAAAGUUAUUCAACCACCCAAGUUUUGUCGACGGUAAGAUCCAGUCUCAGAAUGGUACACCAUACUAUAAAUGUACCAAUUUGAUUGUGAGAAAUACACAUCGAACAGCAUUGACCGGUAUGUUCGUGGCGGCCGCCAUCAAGGAUCUGCGCAACGAUGUGCUUCCCACUAUGAUCUCGUUAGUAAGACAUUACACGAUGGUGGCUAUUGCACAAGAGGCUGGGCCGUUUGCCGGUACUGCCGGCCCCAGAGAGGGUCUCGAUGCAUUAGUUCUCGUCGAUGCCAUUGCUGUCGUUAUGGGACAUGAAGAGAAGGAAUUAUGUAAGCCAGGCCACUUGGCGCUAGUUUUAAUGAUUGAAACAGCAGCUACGGUGCUUGGGAGUAAGGAAAGGGCGUGUCGCUUGCCACUAAUGGAAUAUCUAGCUGAACGAAUGUCGUCGUUGUGCUACGAGCGAGCAUGGUAUGCCAAACUUGGCGGCUGUAUCACUGUCAAGUUUAUGUUUGAAAAGAUGGCGCCCGAGUGGGUAUACAAACAUGUGUUUACCUUUUUGAAAGCAGUACUAUUUGUGAUGAUGGACUUGACAGGCGAAGUUUCUUCUGGAGCAAUAGAUAUGGCUAUAGUUAAUUUGGAGCGUCUAGUACGCGUGUGUGUGUUGGGCCCUGGUAAUCAGGGUGUGGAGCCUGAGGGAGAAAUAGCCGCAGCUAAAGCUCGAGCACUGCACGACGUUCUUCAAGAACUUGUACUUCAAGUGACUAGCCCUCACUUACUUGUCCGACAACAGGCAAUGAAAUCGCUGGAACUAAUAGCGGAAUUGCAAAAUAAAACUGUAACAGAAGUAAUGGACCCUCAUAGGGAGGUAUUAGCUGAUAUAAUACCACCGAAAAAACACUUACUACGACAUCAGCCCGCUAAUGCUCAAAUGGGAUUAAUGGAUGGGACCACUUUCUGUACUACACUGAAACCAAGGCUUUUUACUAUUGAUUUAAAUAUAAACGAGCAUAAAAUCUUCUUUCGCGAGUUGUUAUCACUAUGCGAGGCAGAGGAUACGAUGUUAGGAAAGUUGCCGUGCUAUAAAGGUGUCAACUUGGUGCCACUUCGUGCGUCCGCGUUGAAGGCACUAGCGGCCUGCCAUUACAUACAAGACAAGCAUUGUAGGGAGAAAAUAUUCCAAGUAUUAUAUAAAUCAUUAGAGAAAAAUGAUCAAGAAUUACAACAGGUUGGAUUUGAAUGCAUGCAAAAAUUUUUAUCUGGCUUCCAAAUAGAUAUGGAAAUGGUCCAUCCUGUUAUGAGACCUUUAUUACUAACGCUCGGCGAUCACCGAAACCUCAGUGUAAACGGCGCCAAGAGACUCUCGUAUUUAACUCAGCUGUUUCCGUCAACGUUCAGUGAGAAAUUAUGUGAACAGUUGCUGCAGCUUCUCAGAAAAUUGUUAGACUAUUCAAUUCAAACUGAUAGAGGAGGCAAUUUCCUUCAGAGUGUAUCUAAGAACAUGGAGAAUGAGCAAAAGAUAAUAAUUUUAAUAGGAAUAUUCCACCAAAUUCCUGCCGCUUCACCGCGAUUCAUAGACGUGCUCUGUCGCCUCAUAUUCCACACUGAGAAGGCUCUCAUGAUAGAAGCGGGCUCACCGUUCAGGGAACCCCUUGUUAAGUUUCUACUCAGAUAUCCUAAAGAAACUCUGGACCUGGUCCUGAGCGAUAACAACAUAAAAGACCAACAAUGGAGUAGAUUCCUCGUGUUCCUCGUGAAGCAUCCAGAUGCCGGUUCCGCAUACAGGGAGGCAUUGCAGACGUCCAAGAAACCCCGCCUCAUGCAGCUACUUGCAGCCAACAGUGUCGGCGCGGUCGCCAGUCUGCCCCUCGCAGAUAAGGCAGAGAUGCAGUUCCAAGCCAUUCGCGUUAUAUCGCUCUUGAUCAAGUUUGACAACCAGUGGCUCGCGACACAACAUGAUUUAAUUGAGCUAUUGAAACGUAUUUGGUGCAGUGAUCAGUAUCAUGAUAUUCAUAAGAAGGUGGAGAAUGUGGAUUGCACUCAUUGGAAGGAGCCCAAACUAAUCGUGAAAAUAUUGUUACAUUAUUUCUGCCAUCAUACAUCGAAUAUAGAUCUGUUGUUCCAGUUGCUGCGAGCUUUGUGUGACCGGUUUAUACCAGACUUCCAAUUUCUUCGUGAUUUCCUCGAGAACACAGUAGCUCAGAACUAUACUGUGGAAUGGAAACGGUCUGCGUUCUUGCGCUUCGUGGAGCAUUUUUCCAGUGAUAUCAUGUCGCAGGAUCUGAAGGCUAAAGUAUUACAAAUGAUCUUGAUACCGUGCUUUGCGGUCAGCUUCGAGAAAGGUCAGAAGAUAGUAGGCGGACCACCGGCACCUUAUCAAGAUAACCCAGACAAUGUUGUCUCGGUAUUCAUCAAUAAUGUAAUUGAUCCAGAGAAUCCAUUCGCUUGUUCGGACGCUGUACGCAUAUCGCUACUGCAGUUUGCAUGUCUGUUGUUGGAGCAAGCGUCCGCUCACAUUCACGAUGCGAACAAUAAGAAACAAGGGAACAAACUCCGCCGGUUAAUGACUUUCGCCUGGCCCUGUUUGCUCGGGAAGAAUUACGUUGAUCCUGCUACCAGGUAUCACGGUCACUUAUUGCUGAGUCACAUCAUAGCUAAAUUUGCUAUACACAAGCGUAUCGUUCUUCAAGUAUUCCACAGCUUGCUGAAAGCGCACGCGGUGGAGGCAAGGCUAGUGGUGCGGCAGGCGCUGGAGAUUCUAACACCAGCGAUGCCGCAGCGUAUGGAGGACGGGAACACCAUGCUCACGCACUGGACUAAGAAGAUCAUCGUUGAGGAUGGUCAUUCGGUGCAACAACUGUUCCAUAUACUUCAACUUGUCGUCAGACAUUAUAAGGUUUACUACCCGGUGCGGCAUGCACUAGUGGGUCACAUGGUGGCAGCGAUGCAACGACUCGGUUUCUCAGUCUCGGCAUCCCUCGAGCACCGCCGCCUCGCUGUCGACCUCGCGGAGGUCACGCUCAAGUGGGAACUGCAACGCAUACGGGACCACACGCACGAUGACAACGUGGUGGCAACAUCCCCAAGUGGCUCCACAAAGCGUAUAUCGGAAGACAGUUUGAGUGCUGGCGAAGCGCGAAAGGCGCUGAACACUGGGUGGGCGAGUCCGCAGGCGACCUCCUCGCGGCUCGAACCGGAUGCCGCCAAGCCACUGGAACGGCAUCACGUCGACGUCGUCGUUAACCUGCUACUGCGGCUGGCUUGCCAGGUAAAUGAAGGCAGCGUGGCAGGCAGCGGAUCGGGAGGUUCUCCCGGCGAGCAGCUCUCAAGACGUUGCGUGUUGCUGCUGAAAGCAGCACUGAAGCCCGACGUGUGGCCAAACCACUGUGAGCCCAAACUUGCUUGGCUGGACAAAGUAUUUUUUUCGACCGUGGACACAAACGCGGCGGCAUGUGCGAAUGCGUGUACUGCAUUAGAACUGCUGGUUUAUUUACUGGCGGUGCUGAGGCGCGAGCAAGUCCUCGCCGCCCUCAAGCCGCUGCAGCGCGGCCUCGCUGCUUGCGUCUCGUCCACAAACCACAAGAUUGUACGCUUGACACAUAACUUACUGGCCAAGCUCACCGCUCUAUUUCCGACUGAACCGACGGGGGCUGCUCAGUCCUCUAAGUACGAGGAGCUGGAGACGCUGUACGCGUCGGUGAGCAAGUACGCGUUCGAGGGACUCGCGACGUACGAGAAGAGCGCGGGCGGAGGCGGCGCGGCGCUGCUCGGGCCGCUCAUGAUGCUGAAGGCGUGCUGCGCGUCCAGCGCCGCCUACGUGGACCGCCUGCUGCUGCCGCUGGUGCGCGUGCUGCAGCGCAUGGCGCGCGACCACGUGGCGCCCGCGCCCGACGCCGCGCGACCACACACAGUGGCCGCUCGUGAUGCUGAAGGCGUGCUGCGCGUCCAGCGCCGCCUACGACCGCCUGCUGCUGCCGCUGCGCGUGCUGCAGCGCAUGGCGCGCGACCACGCUGCGGACCUGAGUACACUCACACACAGUGGCCGCUCGUGAUGCUGAAGGCGUGCUGCCGCCUACGCCUGCUGCUGCCGCUGGUGCGCGUGCUGCAGCGCAUGGCGCGCGACCACGUGGCGCCCGCGCCCGACGCCGCCCUGCCGGACCUGCUCGUGAGUACACUCCACACACAGUGGACCGCCGUGCUGCGCGUCCAGCCCGCCUGGGACCGCCUGCGCGCCGCUGCGCCGCCUACGUGGACCGCCUGCUGCUGCCGCGUGCUGCCGGCUGCAGCGCAUGGCGCGCGACCUGCUCGUGAAGGCGUGCUGCGCGUCCAGCGCCGCCUACGUGGACAGCGCAUGGCGCGCGACCACGUGGCGCCCGCGCCCGACGCCGCCCUGCCGGACCUGAUGCCGCUCGAUGCUGAGGCGUGCUGCGCGUCCAGCGCCGCCUACGUGGACCGCCUGCUGCUGCCGCUGGUGCGCGUGCUGCAGCGCAUGGCGCGCGACCACGUGGCGCCCGCGCCCGACGCCGCCCUGCCGGACCUGCUCGCGUGCUGCGCGUCCAGCGCCGCCUACGUGGACCGCCUGCUGCUGCCGCUGGUGCGCGUGCUGCAGCGCAUGGCGCGCGACCACGUGGCGCCCGCGCCCGACGCCGCCCUGCCGGACCUGCUCGCGUGCUGCGCGUCCAGCGCCGCCUACGUGGACCGCCUGCUGCUGCCGCUGGUGCGCGUGCUGCAGCGCAUGGCGCGCGACCACGUGGCGCCCGCGCCCGACGCCGCCCUGCCGGACCUGCUCGCGUGCUGCGCGUCCAGCGCCGCCUACGUGGACCGCCUGCUGCUGCCGCUGGUGCGCGUGCUGCAGCGCAUGGCGCGCGACCACGUGGCGCCCGCGCCCGACGCCGCCCUGCCGGACCUGCUCAUUUUGGCACUAGAUUUACUUAAAGCACGAGUUUCGGUUAUGCCGGUGGAAACGAGAAAAACAUUCAUUGGCACCAUUCUCGUCGGUCUAAUUGAAAAAACUACGGAUGCUAAGGUCAUGAAGGCCAUUACUCGAAUGGUGGAAGACUGGGUAAAAUGUAAAGGCACAACUAGCGCGGGCAGCAGUGCUGGGUCGGCGCCCUCGCUACGGGAGAAGUCCAUCCUGCUCGUCAAACUCAUGCAGUACGUGGAGAAGAGGUUCCCGGACGACCUCGAGCUUAAUGCCCACUUCCUCGACAUUAUCAAUUAUGUAUACAGAGACGAUCACCUCAAAAUGACGGAAUUAUCAAUGAAACUGGAGCCUGCGUUUUUGGCCGGCCUGCGGUGCCCGCAGCCGCACAUCCGCGCCAAGUUCUUCGAGGUGUACGACCAGAGUAUCAGGAGAAGGAUCUUUGAUCGCCUCCUUUACAUCAUAUGUUCGCAGAACUGGGAGCAUAUCGGCCAGCAUUUCUGGAUUAAGCAAUGUCUUGAGUUGCUACUUGUUACAUGUGUCCCAAAUACCCAGAUCCGUCUAUCAAACUCGAAGUAUCUCCUGCCUAAUAUAGCGGCGGUGAUCAAUAACGCUGACAGCGAGGAGCGCAAGUCUUUUGUCAUAUACAGCGCCGUUAAAGAGGAGUCCUCAGAUGGGUUCAGUGAUUCUUUAGACCCUGAUAAGGAAGAUGUGCUGGACAUGGAUCUAGAAUCUACCUCUACUCAAAAGGAGGAUACCACCAAGACUGUUCCUAACAGCACACACCACUCCUGGCUGCAGCUGCUGCCGCGCCUCUGGACCGCGCUCGACGAGCCGCAGCUCGGGACGAUAAUGAACGAAAUUGUACCAUUCAUAAUAUCGGGCAUACAUGUGGUUCAACGCGACCAACCGCUCAGCGCUCUAAACACGUUCAUCGAAGCAUUGGCACGAUGCAAUCCGCCUAUUAGCAUCAAACCGCCUAUGAUGAAAUAUUUGGGCAAGACACACAAUCUUUGGCACCGUAUGACAUUAAACCUCGAGCAGAUGGCCAUUGACCAGGCCAGUGGGCGCGCCCAACGAGAACCCGCCGAAAUAUAUGAUUAUGAAGUUGAAACCACCACACCCACUGAAAUUUUAGACUCAUUAAGCGACAUGUAUGAACUGUUACAAGAAGAGGACAUGUGGUCGGGAUUAUGGCAAAAACAUGCACGAUAUCGUGAAACCAAUGUCGCUAUUGCUUACGAACAACAAGGCUUUUUCGAGCAAGCGCAGGCUGCGUACGACGUCGCUAUGGCUAGACUAAAACAGGAGUAUGCGGCUAAUCCCACUUACAAUAUGCACAAAGAAUGCAAUCUAUGGACUCAGCAUUGGCUCAAGUGCGCAAAGGAAUUGAAUCAGUGGGAUUCAUUGCUAGAUUUGGGGUUAAACAGGAGUGCACGAGAUCCGUUCCUUAUUCUGGAGAGUUCCUGGAGAAAUCCCAACUGGCCAACAAUGAAGGAAGCACUCGCUGAGGUUGAAUACAAUUGCCCUAAGGAAUUAGCGUGGCUGGUGAACCUGUACCGCGGGUACCUGUGCAUCUGCGCGGGCGGCGAGCAGCAGCUGGGCGGCGUGGAGCGCCACGCGGAGGCGGCGGCGGCGCAGUGUCUGCGCGAGUGGCGCCGCCUGCCGCGCCUAGUCUCGCACGCGCACCUCCCGCUGCUGCGAGCCGCGCACCAGCUCAUGGAGCUCAGCGAGGCUGCGCAGAUACACACGGGCCUCCUGCACAGUCGGCCGACGUCGCUGCACGACAUGAAGGCGAUAGUGAAGACGUGGCGCAACCGGCUGCCCGUGGUGGCGGACCCGCUGUCGCACUGGGGGGCGAUCUUCACGUGGCGCCAGCAUCACUACCAGUUCAUUGCGUCCCACUACGACUCGCAGACCGAGCACGCCUCGCACCCCAGCAUGCUCGGAGUGCAUGCCAGUGCACAGGCGAUAAUACAUUUCGCGAAAAUCGCACGAAAACACAACUUAUCAGGCGUAUGCCUUGACUCUCUCCAUCGCAUUUAUACGAUACCUAGUGUUCCUAUAGUGGACUGCUUCCAAAAGAUCAGACAGCAGGUCAAGUGUCACAUUCAGAUGUCCUGGACGGAAGGGAAAGAGGAACUGCAAGAAGGCUUGGACAUGAUCGAGUCGACAAACUUUAAAUACUUCACGAAGGAGAUGACUGCUGAGUUUUACGCGUUUAAAGGACUCCUUCUAGCGCAACUCGGACGUUCAGAAGAAGCUAAUAAAGCGUUCGCAGCAGCAGUUCAAUUGCACGAUACACUGGUGAAAGCAUGGGCACUUUGGGGCGACUAUCUGGAACAGAUAUUCAUACGAGAGCCGCGUCAGAUCACCGUCGGUGUGUCGGCCAUGACAUGCUUCCUGCACGCUUGUCGUCACCAGAACGAGUCCAAGUCUCGUAAAUAUUGUGCUAAGGUUCUGUGGAUGCUGAGCUAUGAUAGUGAAAACAAAUUGGCAGAGGCUCUGGACAAGUACUCGGUGGGCGUGCCGCCCGUGCAGUGGCUACCUUGGAUACCGCAGCUGCUCGCCUGCCUCGUGCAGUACGACGGGAACGUCAUACUCAAUCUGCUCAGCCAUGUCGGCCGACUGUAUCCACAAGCUGUAUACUUCCCAAUCAGAACACUAUACCUGACAUUGAAGAUAGAACAACGCGAAAGGCACAAGACUGCUGAAAAUAUCGCUGCACACAUUCCACAUCAACCGGCCACGACGGCCGCUGGCGCCAAGGUGGAAAGUGCAUCGUCAUCGAGCAGCGGAUCUACAAGCGCUGAGACGGGUCCCAUUAAAGCGACCAUGCCAAUGUGGCGCUGCUCGAAGAUCAUGCAACUACAGAGGGAGAUACACCCCACCGUGCUCUCCUCACUCGAGGGCAUUGUCGAUCAGAUGGUAUGGUUCCGCGAGAAUUGGUACGAGGAGGUUCUGCGUCAGCUGCGUGCCGGGCUGGCCAAGUGUCACGUGGUGGCAUUCCACCAUCACGCUGCCGUCGCGGACGCCACCGUCACACCACAUACGCUCAACUUCAUCAAGAAGCUGGUCUCCACAUUCGGCAUAGGCAUCGGGAUAACUGCAUCGGAGAGUCUGGCUCGUCGCGCGCAGGCCACGGUGCAAGAUCCUGUCUUCCAGAAGAUGAAGACCCAGUUCACCGCUGACUUCGACUUCACACAACCCAAUGCUAUGAAGUUACAAAAUCUCAUACAAAAAUUAAGGAAAUGGGUGAAGAUCCUCGAGGCCAAAACAAAGGUUCUGCCCAAAUCGUUCCUUAUCGAAGAGAAAUGUAGAUUCUUAUCGAACUUCAGUCUAAAGACGGCCGAGGUAGAAUUACCCGGGGAGUUCUUACUGCCUAAGCAUACGCACUACCACGUGCGUAUCGCGCGAUUCAUGCCGCGGGUUGAGAUUGUCCAGAAGCACAAUACCUCCGCACGCAGGCUGUAUAUCCGCGGUCACAACGGGAAAAUAUAUCCCUACUUAGUGGUUAACGAUUCUGGCCUCGGAGAUGCGAGAAGGGAGGAGCGCGUCCUUCAACUACUCAGAAUGCUGAACCAUUACUUGGGCAAACAGAAAGAGACGUCUAGAAGGUUCCUCCACUUCACGGUCCCGCGCGUCGUGUCGGUGUCGCCACAGAUGCGGCUCGUUGAAGACAACCCGAGCUCGAUAUCUCUAUUAGAUAUCUAUCGCACAGAAUGUGCUAAUAGGGGUGUUGAAUACGACGCUCCCGUGGCGCGCUACUACGAGCGAUUGGCCGCCGUGCAGGCGAGGGGGACCCAGGCCUCGCACCAAGUACUCAGAGACAUACUGCGAGAGGUCCAAGCUACCAUGGUACCAAAGGGCAUGGUACGCGAAUGGGCGGCGGCGACAUUCGCCGCGCCCACCGAUUACUGGACCUUUAGGAAAAUGCUGACACUGCAGCUGUCUCUGGUGAGCUUCGCGGAGUACGUGUUGCACCUCACCCGCCUCAACCCCGACAUGAUGUACGUGCACCAGGACUCCGGUCUACUCAACGUUUCUUACUUCAAAUUUGAUGUCGACGAUACUACAGGCGAAUUGGAUGGUAACCGGCCGGUACCAUUCCGACUGACUCCCAAUAUUUCGGAACUAUUGACGAAUAUCGGCAUCACAGGACCUCUCACUGCGUCGGCCAUUGCUGUAGCUCGUUGCCUCGUUACGCCCAAUUUCAAGAUCCAGUCUAUAUUACGCACAAUCCUUCGCGACGAAAUGGUGACCGGUUACCGUAAGCGACUGGAGGACAAGUCAGGAAUACCCACUGCUGGCUCCUCAACGGAAAACAAAUCUACAGAAAUAGAUAACGACACUGUUAUAAAUAUGGUGAAUAAGGCGGUGACUGUGAUUAUGAGUCGGCUCAACUCGCUGGCCGGUUUCGAUGGACCCGAUAGUAAAGUGGCGACCCUGGUCACGGCGGCCAACAACCACGACAACUUGUGUCGUAUGGACCCCGCCUGGCACCCGUGGUUGUAAAUAUUUCGGAAUAUUCACCUGACAUGUAGUACAACACAUGAAUGUAUCAUUUCUUCGUUGACUGUUAAAAUAAGUUUCAAGUAACGAAGUGAGAAAUGGUAAAUAUUAAAUGUUGUAUUAUUUUAAUUACAGUUUAGCUUUUAUUAAUUACACAUUGCUGUACGACUGAUGUAUUGUUGAUUAUAAAUGAAAUAUUACUCUGUGCUUUAUCUUAAGAUUAUUGAUAUUUUAUACAUUAAGUUACAUUUUUAAUAUAGUACUAAUAAUGUUCAUGAUGACAUUGUUAUGUAUUCUUUUUUUGUAUAAGGAUUUGACACCGCAGGUGUGACUGAAAAGAAUAAUCAAUAAUUAUUUUUGAUUAACUGUGGACUCCUACGGAAUUAUUUUAAUUUCGAGUUAAGCAAAUAUUUGUCAAGUGAACACAUAUACACUUGUGAAAUUAUCAUCCUUGUAUGUGAAAAAUAAAUUUUG